AUGAGUCAGAUAUUACAAGUCCAUGCUUUCCUCCAGCAUUCUUUCCCAUUGAAUGAGAACCUAAUCCCGGCAUCUCUAAGAGAUGAUUUAAUUCACCAACGAACUCAAAUACCAUAUCAUAAUAUCCCGAUACAUAGAGAUGGUAUGACGGGGCAAGUAGUGGAUCCUGAUGUUAAUUUUAAACGUUCAUGUGCUACGGCUACAUCUUGUGGAAUAAAUACUGCCAACACCAGGGUUGAACCAACAAUUAUGAAAUCUAUCCAUGAAAUUAGCAAACAGGCUCUUCAUUCAACUAAAACGGAGUUUAAUAAAUGGAGUUGUAUACGUAAAUCACCUGACUGUUCUAGUGAUUUACCAACUGUCCCCAGUAUAACUGAUGAGUUAUUGAAAAUGGCUUCCGAGGAUGUGGUUCAGAAUUGGUGUUUUCCGAAGGGAUAUUUCCUUCGACUAACAGCUCAGAUAAAUGAGGCAGGGACUUUCUUACUACCCAAAAGAGAAACGAUCACGUUUUUUAAAAGACGAAUAAGGAGCUGCAAAGCACGUGAAUCCUAUGCUACAAUAGAGGAUACUUCAACACCACUCCCGACAUUAACAAAAUUAAUUCAGAAUCCAGCAUUAAAUUGGAAUUUCGAGCUUGACACAUUUCAAAAACGUGCAAUCCUUUGUCUUGAAAACAACAAAACAGUAUUUGUUUCAGCACACACAUCAUCCGGUAAAACUGUGAUUGCAGAAUACGCCUGCGCUAUUUGUUUACGUCGUGGUUCACGUGUCAUCUAUACAAGUCCAGUUAAAGCACUUUCCAACCAGAAAUUUCAUGAUUUUAGGGAAAGAUUUGGUGAAAAUGUAGGACUAAUUACUGGAGACAUCAAACUAGCUCAAGAAGCAUCACUACUUGUCAUGACCACUGAAAUAUUAUAUAAUAUGUUGUGUAAUGCAUCUGAGAUUAUCAAAAAUCUUGAAAUUGUAAUCUUGGACGAGGUACACUAUAUUAAUAAUCCAGACAGAGGUUACGUAUGGGAGCAGAUUAUGAUAAUGCUUCCUAAGCAUAUUCUACUAGUAAUGUUAAGCGCCACUGUACCAAAUAAUUAUGAAAUAGCUGAUUGGUUAGGACGUGUACGAGGUUGUGAAAUUCAUGUCAUCGCAACAGAUAAACGCCCUGUUCCACUGGAAUAUUACCUAUAUACUAGCAUGACGGAACAAUAUACAUCACAUCUUCACCUUAUUGUAGACAAAGAUGGUCAUUUUAUAGAUUCAGGUUACCAGGCAGCUGCUUCGUCGAAAAAGUCUGGAGGACCACCAUAUUCUACUCCUGCUUGUAGAGGGAAAGAUGCUUUCAUCAUGCACACUAAAAAUACAUGGCUUGGAUUUGUUAAUUUACUAAAAGAACAAAAUCUUAUGCCUGCGAUAGCAUUUGCAUUCUCUCGAUCAUCCGUUGAAACAUUAGCUAAAAAUCUAUCAUCAGUAGACCUAACAAGUAAAUCUGAAAAACAACAAAUUACGAAGUUUUUCUCUACAAUUACUGGUCGCUUAAGAAAAUGUGAUCGAAAGCUUGCUUCAGUUAAAUUUCUUCAUGAUUUAACUAGAAGAGGACUAGCUGUUCAUCAUAGUGGGAUGUUACCUAUGUUAAAAGAAACUGUGGAACUUUUAUUUAGAGCUGGUUUAGUGAAAAUUCUUUUCGCUACUGAAACAGUUUCUACAGGAGUUAAUACACCUGCACGUUGUGUAGUCUUUACGUCGCUUGAAAAAUUUGAUGGUCAUAAGAGACGUUCUUUGGAUUCAAGUGAAUUUACUCAAAUGGCUGGUCGAGCAGGUCGUCGUGGUAUAGACGCUAAAGGUCUUGUAAUUAUUUUGGUUAGUACUAUUGAAAAAUCGUUAAAAUCAUCUGUCACUGGUCUACCGACUGAAAGUCUUUUGCGAAAUAUGAUACUUGGAAGACAAACAGAAUUAAUUUCACGAUUCAGGGUCACGUAUUCUAUGAUUUUAAAUUUACAUCGAUCAUCUUCACUAACUCCACAGGAUAUUAUGAAGCGUAGUUUUAUGGAAGCAGCAAGUCAUCGAUGGGAGACUAAACAAAGACAACAUUUAUCAGUAUUAAAUAAAAAGUUAAGUGAAACUACUAAAAUAAUUUCACAUAAUAAUACUGAUGAUAAUAUUAAUAAUAUUACCAUCCAGACAUCAACUAUUGCAAUUUCAACAUCCACUGAAAUUACUAGUGAUUCGUUUAAAUCUCUGAUUGAUAGUCUUGAUGUACAGGUUAAAUGUCCACAUAAUGGAGUUGAAUGCUGUGAUUCCAUAUGUCAAUACUAUCAAUUAUGUUACAAAUAUCGCCAACUAACAAAUUCAAUUAUUUCUACACUUGAUGUAAAGUAUGCGCAACGUUUACAGCAAAUUUUUUGUCCCGGUCGUUUAAUAUUACUCCAGUUAAUGAUAAGCGAGUCUGUUUGGUUAGUACCAGCUGUUAUUAUAAAUUACCAUUGGAAAACAAGAAAUAAUGAUGCUGAAAAUCAAAUAAUGCUCAAUGUUAUUCUAUGGGAACUACCUAUUAAUUUGCCGAAUUCUUUGAGACUUAUCAAAAAACAGGAAGACGAACAGUCCUCCUCAUCAUCAUCAGAAUUAGUAUUAGUAGUAUCUGGAAGUGAUACCGUCACAUCUGAACAAAUGAAUAAUAACAAGGAUACUAAUUACUAUGAAUAUGAUGAAAUCGAAGAGAAAAUUCUACGUAAUUCCAUUAAUGAAGGUAGAACGACAACAAUACCGGUUCCACCACAUUUAAUGCCCGUUUUUGUGCCCUCUUCAUUAGACGAUGGAUAUUCACGUUUAACACGUCAAUCAGUUCCAUUAAGUGAUUCACUUGUAAGAAUCUGCGAUCAAAUUGUUACCUUUCAAGAUAUGGGACACAAUCUAAUUGAUGACGAUAAUUCGAAAGUACAUUUGAAUACUUCAGAACUUUUAUUACAAAGUAUUAAACGACUAUUUAUUAUUCAGCGAAAAGAUGAUACUAAAUUGUUAUCUGUCGACGGCAAUGAUCAUCAGUUUGAUCAACAUUUACAAGUUAUUAAUUUGUCUCUUUUUAAUUGUGUAAAUUCAAUAGUACCUCAAGAAUCAUCAUUAACAUCUGCAGUUUACUAUACUACUCUAAGAAAUACACCAAAACAAAUGGAUUUUAAAAAGGAUUUAAACCUUGUAAUGGAUAAAGAGGAUAUUUGCUUAUUUGAUGAAUAUUCCACUUUGAAUGAUCAAUUAACAAUUUCUCUUGCAAACGGCACGAUAACAGCAUUCAAUUCAACAAAUCUAUUGAAAUGUCCAGAUUUACUACAACAUUUGAAACUCGUUCAUCAAACAAUUCGUCGGAAAUUUGCUAUUAAAAUUAUCGAAAAUAAUUUAGCCAAUUAUCAAUUACAACUUUCUAAUGAAUAUACAGGACGUUUGAGUGUUCUGAAAGAACUUGGAUUUAUUGAUUCGGCAACACAAAGCUAUUGUCUUAGUUUUAAAGGUUUCUUUGCAUGUGAAUUAACAAGCAAGGAAGUUUUAUUGACACAACUUUUAAUCGACGGUUUUAUUAACGAUUUAUUAGCCCCUGAUAUUGCAGCUGUCCUCUCAGCGUUUUCCAAUGAACUAAGAGCACAAGAUUUUACUCCAGAAAAGACAACUAGCUAUUAUCUCAAAGAAUUAAUUGACUCAAUAAAUUGUACUGCUUCUACUACUACAACUAAUUAUACAAACAAUUUUAAUCUUCAUAAGGAUUUAGAAUGUAUUCCUCGUCAUUUACUUUUAGUAUUCAAAAACGUUUUAACUCGUGCCUAUGAGCUGGAAAAAUUACAACGACUUCAUAAAUUAACUGACCCAUAUUUGGAAAGUCGACUCGAUCUACGUAUAGUUCCAUUAGUUUAUAAAUGGGCUAAUGGUUAUUCAUUUUCUGCAACCAUAUCAAAAUGUGAUAUGCCAGAAGGUUCAAUAAUUAAAAGUUUACUACAAUUGGAUGAAUUAAUUCGUCAUAUUUCUGGUGCAUGUCGUCAAUUUGGUAAUCACAUUUUAAGCCUAAAAAUAGAUGAAGCCAGAGACUUAAUUCAUCGUGAUAUUGUUUGUUCACCAAGUUUAUAUGUUUUACAAGAUAUGAAAUUAGCUAAAGAUGAUUAA